GUUGUUUUCAAUGGUUAGCAGCACGUGUGUUGUCAUUUCUAUAUUGUUAUCCAAAUCCGUGCAAAAUGGGCAAGCCGAAGAAGGCCAAUGUGGCCAUAAUUAAAAAUGUGAGCUUGGAAAAACAGAUAACCGAAGGAAAGGUUGCGAAGGCAAAAACCAAAAGCAAGUUCAAUUUACGUGACGAGGACUCAUCGAACAUAGAUGCCAAGAGCAGCCAAAAGAUUUUGGCGGCUGCUAAGAAGCAGCAGUUGGAAUUAAACGAGGAGAACUUUCCCAGCUUGGUGACUGUUAAGAAAGUAAACUUCAGUCUGAAUGAUGGCCAAGCAAAUGAAAACGAGGAGGUCGACGAGGCCGAGCUCAUGGUCAAUAUGGAUAUGGAUGAGGACGAUGUUGCCGCAUUUGAGCGCUUCCAGAACCCGGCAAAGGAUGUUAAGCGCAACCUCCAACUGUCCGAAAUAAUCGCGCAGAAAAUCCAAGAAAAGGAAGCUGAUAUACACAACAAAAUCUCCGACGCAGGUUCGCUCAAAAUCGAAGAGAUUGAUCCCAAGGUAAAGGAGAUGUACGAGGGUGUCAGGGACGUCUUGAAACGUUACCGCAGUGGCAAGAUUCCAAAGGCCUUCAAAAUCAUCCCCAAGCUAAGAAACUGGGAGCAGAUCCUAUUUAUCACGGAGCCACACAACUGGAGUGCAGCUGCCAUGUUCCAGGGCACUCGCAUCUUUUGCUCUGUCUUGUCGCAAGCAAUGGCCCAGCGUUUCUACAACCUGGUUCUGUUGCCUCGUGUACGCGAUGACCUUUGCGAGUACAAGAAGCUGAACAUGCAUCUCUACAAUGCCCUCAAGCGGGCUCUGUUCAAGCCGGCCGCGUUCAUGAAAGGCAUCAUUUUGCCUUUGCUGGAGUCUGGCGAUUGCACUCUGCGCGAGGCCAUCAUCUUUGGUAGCGUUGUGGCUCGCAACUCCAUACCCGUCCUUCACUCGUCCGCCUGCCUGCUGAAGAUUUGUGAAAUGAGCUACUCUGGUGCCAACUCCAUAUUCAUACGCUUCUUCCUCGACAAGCGCUACGCCCUACCCUAUCGAGUGGUCGAUGCGGCUGUCUUCCACUUUCUAAGAUUCGAAAACGAUAAGCGCGAGCUCCCUGUGCUAUGGCAUCAAAGUCUGCUAACAUUUGCCCAGCGCUACAAGAACGAUAUAUCUUCUGAGCAGAGGGAUGCCCUACUUCAACUCUUAAAGAAAAAAUCUCAUCCCAAGAUAACGCCCGAUGCUAGAAGAGAACUUCAGGCAGCCACCUGCCGCGAUGUUGAAAUGAUGGAGACCGACAAUGGCCUGGCUGCUCAGCCCGUCAAUAUAUACACAGAUGCUGAUGUUGGAUACGAUGGCUAGAAAACAUGUUAUUUAAAUUUGCGGUAUGGACUCUGCGGUUAUUUACGGAUCGAGUCCGUUUCGUUUUCGAUAAUGCGUGUUUAUGUAAAUACUUACACAUAUAUGCGUAUGCAGUGGAUGCUGGAAUGCUCUACUAUAAUAAAAACAAUAUUGAAUGAA